UGUAUGAUUGUUUAAUCAUGAACACUUCCAAGAAGAAGAAGCACAACAACACCACCAUUCCCAAUUUCCCAUUCCAUUCUCACGAAGCACAAUCAGAAGAAACAACAAAAUACAAUGUCAAAGUCAUUGUCAUCGUCACCGUCCAUUUUCGUAAAACCACACACUCGAUACCAAUUCCGAUUCCAACACCAACACCACCUGAAACUGAAUCCCACAAAACACGCUUCCUUAAGAAUCCAAAACUCAACACAAACACUUGAAUUCCUCAAACCUUACGUUAUCUCACAGCACAAAACCAUCCUGUGUGGUUGGUUAUGCAGCGCCGUAUCCGUUUACUCUCUCUCCAACAUCCUCUCGAAAUUCUCCGCAAUCACAACCGCACCCAUCGACGCUACUCAGAGUUUCGCGUUGGGGGGUUUGGUCAUUUCACGCUUGGUCGCUAGCUACGCGCAGCACGCGCUUCUAUGGGAAGCUGCACUCGACGCCGUUUACAAGCUUCGCCUUCACGUCUUCGACCGCGUCAUGGAGAGAGAAUUGGAUUAUUUCGAAGGCAAAAACGGUGUUUCAGCUGGCGACAUUGCUUAUCGAAUCACCGCUGAAGCUUCUGACCUUGCCGUCACCUUAUACACUCUUCUCAAUACCAUAGUACCCAGUACUCUGCAGUUGUCGGCAAUGAUGAUGCAGAUGUUAGUUAUAAGUCCUGUCCUUUCUUUGAUUUCAGCCAUGGUUAUUCCUUGCAUAGUGCUAGUUGUUGCCUUUCUUGGUCAACAGCUUCGUAAGAUAUCUAAAGAGUCACAUCUUAGCGUUGCUGCACUCUCAGCAUAUCUUAAUGAGAUGCUGCCUGCAAUUCUCUUUGUGAAAGCAAACAAUGCUGAGUUGUGUGAGAGUGCCAGGUUCAAGAGACUGGCUCUGAUGGACUAUUCUGCUAAGCUGAACAAGAAAAAGAUGAAAGCAGUGAUUCCUCAGGUUAUACAAGCUAUUUAUUUUGGAACCCUUUCCAUACUUUGCGCUGGCUCCUUGGUGAUUUCAAGAGGUUCAUUUGAUCGCUGUAGCUUGGUUUCAUUCGUGACAUCAUUGCUCUUCUUGAUAGAGCCAAUCCAGGAUAUAGGAAAAGCAUACAAUGAAUGGAGGCAGGGAGAACCAGCUGCUGAACGUUUGCUGGCUAUGACCAGGUUCAAAGAUAAGGUGGUUGAGAAACCAGGUGCUGUUGAUUUAGGCCAUGUUACAGGGGAUCUGAAAUUCUGUGAUGUCUCCUUUAAGUAUAAUGAUGAAAUGCCACAUGUUUUAAAUGGAUUGAAUCUCCACAUUAGACCUGGAGAGAUAGUUGCUCUGGUGGGUCCUUCUGGUGGAGGUAAAACAACACUUGUAAAACUGUUGCUUCGGCUUUAUGAUCCUAUAUCUGGUUGCAUACUGAUUGAUAACCAUAACAUCCAAAACAUUCGGUUGCAAAGUUUGAGAAGACAUGUUGGUCUUGUUUCUCAAGACAUAACACUUUUUUCAGGUACAGUUGCUGAAAACAUUGGUUAUAGGGAUCUGACAACAAAAAUUGACAUGGAGAGGGUGAAGCAUGUAGCUCAAACUGCUCUUGCAGAUGAAUUUAUUAAAAAACUUCCACAAGGAUACCAAACCAAUAUUGGACCAAGGGGCUCAACUUUAAGUGGAGGCCAGAGGCAAAGGUUGGCUAUUGCAAGGGCACUCUAUCAAAAUUCUUCAAUAUUAAUUCUGGAUGAGGCAACUUCUGCUUUAGAUAGUAAAUCUGAGUUAAAAGUGAGACAAGCUGUAGAGCGUUUGAUGGAAAAUCGCACAGUGCUUGUGAUCAGCCAUCGCUUGGAAACAGUUCUGAUGGCUAAACGAAUAUUCCUUUUGGAUAAUGGGAAGCUAGAAGAGCUACCUAGAUCAACAAUGUUGGAUGAUCACAAGGAUUCAUUGCUAGCAUCCGGGCUUGUUAUUUGAAUAUUUCUUGUAAAGGCCAUAUAUUCACAUUUAAGUUUCACGGCAAUGGAUUCUAUUAGAAAUUUUAUUUUAUUUUUAAUUGAGAUAUUCUAGAUCUUUCUCUUUUCUAGUUAUGCUCUUCUAUAUAAAAGCCCCUUAUUGUACAAAUUAAU